AGCUCAGAAGAACGUACCCGAGGGUAAAAAAGAGCCCUGAUGUAGCAAGUGCUGCAAAAGGAUUUGUUCAAUCAGCUUCUCACGUAUUUUUGGAGAAGGGGGAAAAAGUGAGGGAGGGAUUACACUAGGCUUGCUUCAGUUGUAGCAUGGAAGUGAUUUGCAAAUACAGUGCUUGCAUUUUGGGAAGAGCUUCUACUAAUUCUCAAAUCCUUUUGUGACAGAGCUUGUAGAAAAGCAAGGAAUGUAGCAAACGUGAUUAGCCUCAGCUACACCUAACAUCACCUCAGAGGGCCAAAGGAGCUGUCUCCAGGGGACAGGAAGGAGAAACAAAGUAAGCUUACAUCAAGGGUCAUUUAGGAGUCAAAGCAAAGAACAUUUUGAAAAUAAACCCAGAGCUUUAAAUUAAUUCCUUAUUAAAUACUGAACUAGUUGCUCAGAAUCACCACCACUUAAAGUCUCUACAGCAUCAGAGUCAAAGGUUUAAAUGAACACCUUUCAAGCAUGGCUUUAACACAGGACCUCAGGUAAGAGCUGGGGGAGAGAUUUGCUUCCUGUACAAGUGCAGCAGGUGCCCUUAAUUGGUUUAGCAUAAACAGGGAAAGUGAUGGCCAUUCCCUUAAGAGCAGGUUAAGUGGUGUUUAGGCAGCCCAGGCAAGCCAACACACAGAGCCCCAGUUCCCAUCAAAGGCUUCCCGAGCUGCAUGCAUGGCACAGGACACAUUCUGAGACCACGGGUCAUCAGUUCUGGCAGAACCAAACCAACACCUCCCCACCUCCUGGAAUGAUUGUUUCUGGUAACCACGCUGCUCUAAUGAUGGAUUAGUCACGUUCUGCAACUACAGGCAAUCAAAAAAUAAAUUCUGGUCACGCAUUUAUGUAUUUAAGGAGCCUGCCUAUUAGUUAAGUGCUAUUUACAUGAGAAAAUGUGUUUAAAUUUUAGCCCAUGAAAUGGAAACUCAAGAAACUAAAAGAGACAACAAAAAUGAUACAAACAACAACAUUCCAGUGCUGCUUUUGCAUAAAAUGCCACAAAGGUGGUUUACAAAAUGCAAUCCAUAAAGCUCUCAGCCACUAUUAACAUGGAAUGCUAAAGGCUGGGCUCAGGUAUUUGACACCACUGUGAAGAUACCUGAAUUAAUGAACAGAACGCUUUCCCAGUUAACUCAGAGCUGCUGCACAGUAGGUCAUUGGUUGGUUUAUUUGUUUGUAUUGAACACGAUGGGGUCACACUGGCCAUGGCAAGCAUGUUUGCUGUUGGACCAUCAUCGUCACUUCACUUGAUUUGAACGAGUGCUGGCAGCAGAGGGCUGCUUCAUCUCUGUACUGCUUUUUUGCUGGGAGCUGCAGCACACAGAACCUUGCUGCACCUGUACUGCGGAAGAGAGAUGUCUGGAAGAAAAAUUAGAUCUGAUCUAUGGUGGACACUGACAAAAACAAGUGUUCUAAUGAAGCCCGCAGCAAAUUACCCCAGGUAAUUUGUCAAAUUUGCAUUUACUUUGAGAUGUUAGCCUUGACAUGAGGCCAAUGCCCAUUAAAGUAAACAAAGUGAGCUCUGGGGCAUGCUGAUCCUCAGAGCCCUCACACUUCUAAAGAAAAGAAGCAAAUACUUCAACAACAGAGCAGCACAAAACAAAAACUGUUGAAUUUUCCAUUUCUUCUCCAAUUUUGAACUACUGCUACCAGUGAGCUGCUGAGCCUACAUAGGAACUAAGCCCAGCAACAUCUGCAACGAGUCUCACACCACAAUGACACCUCACAGCAGAGCCCCAGGAGGUGUUGCUGGCUUGUGUUUGUUUGAGAUGUGGUAUCUAACCUGCCUCUUCCUGUUGGCCAUGGAUCAGUUCCUUACUGAGGCCCCCCCCACAGAGUGGGCACGAAGAAUAGGAAUACUGUUCUCCUCAGCUGCCUGCUCUACUUUACUUUUUGUUCUUGGAGUCAAAACAAACCCAGUAUUUGCUCCUGCAGUUCUAAAUGGUUCUGCACAAUGAAAUUGAGCAUCUUCUUUCUACUUGCAACAGAAAUGGCUGCCUGUGGCACACCUCCCUUUGGUCCUGAUGAAGCACGAUGCCUGCACAUCCCUAACCAAGCAUGGCUCUGAAGGGACGUGGUUUUGUAAAAGGGCUCUGCAGAGAAAAUCAAAACGGGGCACCUACACACACAGCAGGAAGACACAGCUGUCCAUAUAUACGGAGAUAGAUAUAUGGACAGGCUGUGCCCCUGUGCCACAGCCACCUGUGAGCACAGCAGACACUGAGCUCAGACAGCAACAGGACGGGCCAGCUGGGAACAGGGACACAUGAAGAAUUCAUAUAGAAUUCAAAAUCCACAGCCAUGGGCACAGAGCUCUGAGGAGAAAAAAGUGAAGGGCUUACUUGUGCCACAUCCUCAGUCCCUCUCCACCACACAGGUAGGGAGCAGCCCAACACCAGCCCACCGAUAUUCAACACUCAAGUCCUUCAGGUCCAGAGCAACAGCCUCUGCAGUUAAUUACUGUUUGAAUUACUCCAAUUCCGCCGUAUCUGAGCUGCUCUCCUUCCGGCUGAAUCUUUCAAAUGGAUGACGUUUUCCUUUCUAGAGUAAGGAUACGCAUUUGACUGAGCUGUGAGGCUGUGGCACGGGCUCCCCAAACACGCUCCCAGCACCACGCUCUGCUCUGCGUGGCAGCGCUGCAGGGAGGACCUACAGCAGGAGCGCACAGCAGGAGGCAGAGCCCCGCGGCUUUGGGCGGAGCCUCAGCCCUCCCGCACGCACCGUUUCUGACCGAGCUCCGGGCGGAUCGGCGCGUCGCCGCCAGAGCUCGGCGCAGCCCGCAAUGAACUGCAGCGAGGCGCGGCGGCUGCAGGCGCUGCUGGGCGCAGUGCUGCGGGAGCUGCGCCGCGGAGCCAACGCCAGCGCGGCGGCCGCCGAGCCCGGGGCUGGGGGCGACGCCUCGCUGUACAUCCUGCUCAUCAUGAUCUUCUACGGCUGCCUGGCCGGGGGGCUCAUCCUGGCCUACACGCGCUCGCGGAAGCUGGAGUCCAAGCACGACCCCUACCACCUCUACAUCGAGCGCGACUGGGGCCGCGGCGGCCUGGGCCAGGCGGCCGAGGAGGGCGGACCGGCCGAAGAGGAGCGGCCGCUGUGAGCCCGGGACGGCAAGUUGGCGGUCCUGCCGCCCUGUAACCGGGGGCUGGCCGGUACCGCUUUCCGCAACAAAAGCCUGCGCUGCCUUGCGUCCAGAGAGCAUCACGUAUCCCUACAGCUGCAGACAUCCCUCAAAAUCGGCGCGUGGGCCGUUCUCUCACCGCACCACCGUCACGCUAGCUGCCGCUUUCUGACAGCAAAGCUACAGUUCUAAAGCCCUUCCUCAACUUGGCAGCUGCAACGUUGCAGGGAAUGGCCGUACAUCAGCUGCACGAGGUGACGAGGGGUUUUGUUUUUACAAAAACCCUGAAAUUACAGGAGCUUCACAUCAUGAACCACUGCACCAGGACCACAGCAACGGGGCCUCAGUCACAUCAGAGCUUCCGCAAGGAAUUCCUUCAACGCAAUCAGAAUUAAGCUGACUACAACCAAUGUUCUCCCAUCACAAAGAGCAAAUUACUACACAUCCAAACCCUUUUCAGUCCUGUCCCAGUGAAGCGUCCACCAGCAGGACCACGGCCUCCACGAGGCGUUACAGACCAACAGCUCAGAAAGUACUGCAAACCUGCAGAGCUCACCUCAGCUGGGCAAGGAUAGGGAAGGGGCUGUCACCAUUUCCCAAGUACGAGACUUGCACACACUGACUUGGCACAGCCCAUCCUAUGUCUGCCCCCAGCCCUGCGCCACAUGGCAGCAGCUCGUCACACUGAGCAGCUGGCAGGAAUCGGCAAUUCAUCUUUGCAACUCAUUCUCAGUUGAUGUAAAUCCAUUACCUGGGAAUUUUCAAAAGAAACGCACAGAGCUGCAAUCAGGCAUUCAGCUCAAGUACUUUCAUAAGCCCUCUGUUACCAGAGAAAAACACCCCUCAUCCACCAUCACACCCAAUUCAUUGCUUUUUGCCGGUACGUGAACAACUGCUUUCGAGGAGGAAGCACAGGAGUCAAACUUCAUCAGAAAUCUGACAAACAUGAGAGCCACUGCCACGGCACCGAGCUGACACACUGCUCUCACAAAAACAAGGUCACACAUCCCAUUUGUUUCAUGGUUCUGUUGCUUUUUAAAAAUAUAUUUCAAUUAAAACA